UCUUCGACAUCGGGUCUACCUACAUACGAUGAACAGCGAAUUCCAGCCGUCUCGUUUCUCUUAUUCACCUCAUGUUUAUGACAAAGAGCGAAGCCAGCUGUAUUCUACGUGCAUCCUUUAAGCGACAACUAUAGCCUUCCAUCUGGGAUGGGGGGAAGGAAAAAGAAAAGCCAUGUGAAGCCAUCAGGCUCAACCUCACAGGAGGGAAAGGCUCGGACCGAGUCUGUUGAUCCGGCCGUCCUUCAAGAACAAUUAUUUGAGGAGUUUCGAGAUCUGGAUCAGUCACUCAUUCUCGCUAUUACUAUGGAGCGAAACAUCCAAACGGAUUAUGACGACAUCAGGGACAUUCUUAAAACACUGGCGCAGACUGCUUCAUGUGAGGCCUCGACGUCGUUUGACCCCUCCGGACUGGGCAUGACCGUCGAGGGAGUGAACGGUGAUGAUCCCGAUCACAGCAUCAUGUCCGAGUCUUUGGCUACGGAAAAUGCCACGACAAUAUCCGACUCUAUCAUCUCCACCGACUCCUCCUCGUCCGAGGACCUCAAAUUUUGCGACGCAUCAGACCUGAACGAGCUCGAUAAGAUCGAGCGACUUCGUCUGGUGUUUCCCAACUUCAAGGAGCACACCCUCAAGUUUGUCCUUAAACAGAGCAGAGGCGACCUUGACACGGCCUUUGACGAACUCCUAACCCGGCAGCACCUCCAUGAGACUGACCAGCUGCCCAAGGGACUGGACGGCUUUUACGAGCCCCAAGGCAGUACAUCAACCCGCAGAGGCAAGAAUAAGUCCAAGGACCAAGGCAGCAAAGGAAAGGCCAAACUUGCGCUGAACUACGCAGUCGUAUUGCCGACAGUGGACAACGAGGAAUUGGAAGGGGCUAAGGGCCCCAUUCGACCCUCGGCAUCAACACAGCGCGGCGGCAUGUCAAGUACACAGGCGGUUACCACCUCCUAUGAUAGGGCGUCCAACCUUCCCGGUUUACCAAGCCCAGACACCGAGUACGGAGUCUCCAACCUCUACGCCCAGGCUUCAGCCCUUGCUCGAAAGGGACCACUAGGCCGACAAGGCGCCAUCGUUUACACGGAGCGCGCCCGGGAAGAGGCCCGUGCCGCUGCCGAAAGGAUAUCGUGGGCAUCCGAGCAACUAGUCAACCAGAAGAGCACGUACUGCAGUAUCGAUCUACACGGCGUCACCGUCCUUGACGGGGUUCGGAUCGCCAAGGAGCGAGUUUGGCGGUGGUGGAACAAUCUGGGCGAGCACCGCCAUUUCAAGGCCAAGAUGGAGGGAUUCACAGUGGUUACGGGUGUUGGCCGUCAUAGUUCCGGUGGCGUCUCGCGUCUUCGACAAGCCGUUGGACUUGCCUUGAAGAACGACGGUUGGAAAGUCGAGACGUUGACCGGCCAGUUCUACGUUACCGGGAGGGUCUGAUUGGUUGUGCUAUGGAAACGAAGAACAGUGUUUUGCAUAUCUUGUUGAUGGGUCAUUUUGGGUCAUACAGUACGUCUGCUCGAAGGAUACCCUG